AUGCACCUGACACCGCUUUUGACCAUUUUCGCAACCCUGUGCUCCAUCACUACUGCCAUCCCACUCGGACAAGAUACACCAGCAGAAGCCUUGACACCGUCACCGACAUUUAAGCCCUCAGCAUCCGCCUCAUACUCACACUCCGCGUUGGCGUCUCCAGUGCGGACCCCCGUGGGCGCGUACCAGUGCCCCCAGCAACAGUACAAGGCAUGCUGUCAGUCCUUCCAAGAGGAGACACAGGGUAUUUUCAGGUCAUUGGGUGACCUUGUUCCAUUCAUCGGAGGGGUUCAAGUUAGCUCAAAGGUCUCAUUCCAAUGCAAAAAUAUGAACGAGGACACCGAUCCGGCUACUUGCCAGGGACAUGGAUACUCGCCUAUGUGUUGCUCAGACAGAAUAGAUACUGCCUCUAUCAACAGAUGCAAGCCUUUUAAGUCUGUCAAAGAGAAGUACUACCAAUCUUUCGGUUACAAUGUCGCCGACGAGUCUCAGUCGGAAUUGAUCUAUGAUAUCAUGUCGUGA